AUGCAGAACCUGAUGGAUGGCCAAAGCUACCAUAACCUCAUGGACAGGUUGUCCGUCUGUACCGAGACUCAGCGCGUACAGCUGGCUAGGCCUUUCUUUGCCGAGCCAGUGGUCACAUUUCACGUGUACCCAGAAACACCAAACCAGGGCGCUUGCUCUGAAGACUUGUCGUUCCUUCCUUUCAUAUCUGAGCAUCUCAUCGCGGAGAACUUCUACAGUGAGCCCUGCGCCUUUCCCUCCCAAAUGCCCCAUUCUAAUUACCGCAAAAGCGAGUACUCCUAUGGGCCAGCUUUCAUCAGGAAGAGGAAUGAGAGGGAAAGACAGAGGGUUAAAUGUGUCAACGAAGGCUACACUAAACUGAGGCAUCACCUACCUAAAGAAUAUUUGGAGAAACGGCUCAGCAAAGUAGAGACACUCCGUGCUGCAAUAAAAUACAUUAGCUACCUACAGUCUGUUCUGUACGGUGACUCUGUGGUGGCAGAAAAAAAUGUCAAGGAGCCAAGCCAAGCACCUAGGGCAGUUAACAAAGAAAACCAGUUUUUGAAGACAAUCUAA